AUGAAGGGCCGCCAGCUGUUGCCCUUGGUCGGAGGGAUCCCUCGAGAAAUGAUUACGCGCAGCUCAGCGCGCGCGCAGUCAAGUUGGCGUUCUUCUCGCACCAGCCUGGUGCGGCCACAUUGCAUCAAAAUUGGCGAUUGGCAGCCACACCCUUUGGUUGGCAUGGCAGCAGAAGGUCUCGUCCCCGACGCUCCUGGCGGAUUGGGGUUCCACUCAGCUGAAGAAGCAGCUGCGAAGCUGGAUGCAAACAACAGGAAACGUUUGGGGGAUGCCAGCACGGAGGGAGAUGCAGAAAGGCGAGUGAGGCCUAGACUGGAGCUGCCCCCGGAAUCUGCGCAAAUUGAGCAGGCAGGAGGGCAGGAAGAUGCAGAUGCAGAAGGAGGACCCGAGGACGAGCUGGACAAGCGGCUGAGGGCCCUGGUGGAAGUCGCUGCUCAGCGGAAAGGCGACAGCCCCCUUCCCAAGCCCCCCCACAGCUUGUUCCAAGCAUCUGUUCCUAUUCCCUUCGGGACAGCAGCCCCCCCCGCCUCAGCAUCUCUGAAUCUACCCACUCAAGAAGCGCUUGGAAGGGGCAGAGUUGGGGAGCUUCCAUCGGGACUUUCUGUCAGUGGGGCCUCAGGAGAGGCAAUUCUGACUGGCGGUUUCUUGGCGGGCGCCCCUGAUGGACUGCACAGUUAUGCGGCUGCCAGGCAGCCCCUGCCGUCAGAAGAUCGCCUAUUAUCACAGCCACCGGACCAUCCCCAGUCAGCUCAACACCCAUCGCAGGCGCUUACACCUGCGGAGCCCCUCGGCCCUGACGAGGACGUUCCGAUCUCUCAGCUCCAGGGGCGCCCAGAGCGGUUGCGAGCGGGGGAAGGUGGGGGGAACAGUAUGCAGAUCAAAGAGAGCGCCGAGCAUGACACGAAUAGGGGCACUGAGGACCAUGGGUUUGGGCAUGAGCAUGGGUUCACUCAGCACGAGUACGCGGGCUAUGGGGAGCACCCUCAGUACGAGCCUCACCAGCAGUAUGCGGCUACUGCGGAGGCGCAACAGUUAGCGGAGCAUGCGGGUUUUGGCGGGGGCCACAUGGAGCAGGAGGAGGACGAGGGCGCGCUGGCUGCGUUGGACCUGGUGGAGGUAGGUUUCCCGCGCAGCAGCGUGGAGGAGCUGCAGACGCUACCGCAGCACGACCUCAUCACGCGCGUGCUCGACCUCGAGGAGCGCAUCUCCGCCGUCGUGCGCGAGAAGCAGCUCGAGGCCGCCGCGCGCCAGGAGGCCGAGGACAACGCCGCACGAUAUGCAGAGGAGAGCCGACACCUGCGUCAUGUGGUGCGCGAGAAGAACGGCUACAAGAAGGGCGUACUCCAGGAGAUUGCCGCUUUGGAGAAUCCGCUCGGCAUCCCCCAGCUGGCGGGCCGCUUCACCAUCACGCGAGAGGGAUCCCCCGGGGGCGGCCUGCGCCUGGAGAAGGGCAACAAGGGCAGGUCUCUCUCCCCCGUGAAGGAGAAGUGGAAGGCCGAGUGGAAGAAGGCCGCGUCUCGGAGCCACUACGUACCGUCGGCAAGCCUGCUAGCGGGGGCGGAGUUUGGGAACCCGUAUGCGGGGUUGGAGGAGCUGAGGAACCCGGCCAACGUAAAGGGCGCUCGAAGCAGGAAGGUGGGGCCGUCGCAGGCCACACCCGCGAGCAGGCUGCUGGCGAUCCUGGGGGCGCAAGACGACGAUGACGACGACGAGGAUGGAGACAAUACGUAUGUGGCCCCCAUACCCCCACCGCCGCGACUGAUCGGGCCAGUGGGCCCCGCUCCAACGCGCGCCCCGCGCGCAGAAUCGACGGUGGGCCUGGAGGACCUGAGCGAGUUUCUGCGCACGUGCUGCCAGGCGAAGCAGACGGGCCACAUGACGCUGCACCGCGUGCUCUGGUACACCUACCUCGCGUGGCGCCAAAAGAUCGCCUCGCCGCGCCCCUCCGUCUCCAGCGGCGGCGUCGGCCUCAGCCAGUGCAUGCAGAAGCUGGGGCACCGGGAACGGCUGUUCACGCGCGAGAUCCAGGCCAAGAAGGCUGGGUGUAAGGGCUACGAGGGCGGCGGCAAGUACUGGAUGGGCCUGGUGGUGCUGGACAAGGCGCUGGUGAAGACGGGCCGCCAGUGGCUCGCCGAGGCCAAGCGCAGCGGCGGCAGCAACCGGGUCACCUUCUCCCGAGAUGCUGCAAUCAAGGUCCAGGCCAGCAAGGACGAGCCGGCCGACGAACAAGGCGCCCAGGGAGAAGCUGCGGCAGAAGCGUAGGCUGACGCGCUGCAAGUUGGUGGCGAAAAGUGGGCGGAUGCGGUGGGCUCUGUUAUCGUGGAAGGGGACGAUAUGUAUUUGUAGCGUAUGGAAAAGCUGAUUUGACAGCUGUUGAGUGGGAUGGCGAAAGACUAGUCGCGGCUUUGCCAGGCACCAUGCGCCGCUGUCUCCCUGACAAAGUCGAGCAGCUUCUGGCAAUAACGUUCCGUGUUGUAAGUUAGCUCUAUGAUUCAGGGAAGCUGAUUUGUUUGGCCGGGACUUGCGAGGUAUGUUGACCGUUGCCUGGAAGCUUUAGAGUUGCUUCGUGGUUGGAGUUGUUGAGGCUGUUCGCGUUUGACACAAGGAACAUUUCAUCUUUCAGGAUCAUGUCACUGCGCUGGUUAUCAAGGUUCCUAAGUAGACAUAUACAGUCAUGGCGUCCCUUUGCUUGAUCCUGGUCCCGUACAAACAGCGGGGCGGUACCAGGUUCAGUUCUGGGUUUUAACUAAGC